CCGGCCACCAAGAAAAGGGAGGCGGCUGCCAGGGCUCGGGGAGUGGACUGCUCUCUGGUCGGGACCCAAGGCACCGGCGCCACGAGACAUUGUGUGAGCUAGGCGGGCCGGGCCGCAGACACAGCCGGGGAGGUGCCGGCCUGGGAAGGGCUUUAAAUCCAGCUGCUGGCCGGGUGGGAGAGGCAGAGCUGCAAGCCACCAUGCACAGCUCCUGUGGCCUCUGGGCACUGCUGCUGCCACCACCGCUGCUGCUGCUGCUGCUACUGGUCACCACCAGCCCCUCCACAGCCCUCAAAGAGGACGAAAAACAGCUGAUGGUCCAGCUGCACAAUCUCUACCGUGCCCAAGUGUCCCCGCCCGCCUCAGACAUGCGGCAGAUGCGAUGGGACCCGGAGCUGGCGGCCUUCGCCAAAGCCUACGCCCAGAAGUGCGUGUGGGGCCACAACAAGGAUCGCGGGCGGCGGGGCGAGAACCUGUUCGCCAUCACGGACGAGGGCCUGGACCUGCCGCUGGCCAUGGAGGAGUGGCACCACGAGCGCGAGCACUACAACCUCAGCACCGCGGCCUGCGCUGCGGGCCAGAUGUGCGGCCACUACACUCAGGUGGUCUGGAGCAAGACCGAGAGGAUCGGCUGCGGCUCCCACUUCUGUGAGACGCUGCAGGGGGUCGAGGAGACCAACAUCCACCUGCUGGUGUGCAACUACGAGCCCCCGGGGAACGUGAAAGGGCAGAGGCCCUACCGGGAAGGAACACCGUGCUCCCAGUGUCCGCCGGGUUACAGCUGCCAGAAUGCCCUGUGCGAACCCACCAGAGGCCCGGAAGAGACGCAGGAUUUGACUCCCCAGGUGACUGAGGCCCCAUCUACCGCGGGGGAUGAAGCCUCGGGCCCUGGGAAAAGUCACACUCCUUCCCUAGCAACGGAGAGGCCAGGCUUCUCGGCGCCCGAUGUCUCGGGCUCCGGGGCAACGACGGCCCCGCCCACGGUGGGAACACAGGCCCCACGUCCCUUAGCAACGGAAGAGCCCGCUUUCGUGGCAACAGAGGCUCCGCCUUCCUUGAACUCUGAGGUCCCUAUCGUUUUGGCCACGCCUACCCUGCUUGUCUUGGAGGAUGGCCCAGGGCCCCUCCCCAGGUCCACCCGCGCUUCUGUCCUGAGAGCUGCCGAGGAAGUAGUGAGCAAGACAAGCGCACCCCCCACGAGGCCAGAAGGCUCUGAGCAUCCCACGGGGGAGCCCCUAACCCGUGCCCUGGAGGAGGUGGAGGCGGAGGCCGAGUUACCCCCUUCCAGUGAGUUCUUGGCCUCUGUUUUGCCAGCCCCAAGCCAGGCUGAAGGGGAGGCCGAGUCGCCUCCUCCCAGUGAAGUCUUAGCCUCCAUUUUGCCAGCCCAGGCCAAACUGGGUGAGCAGCAGGCCACGCUGGUCCACCUGGGCCACGCUAAGUCCCUGCCCAGUUUCCCCAGUGACUCUGCCUCCGGCAAUGCCAUGGGUGGGCGGACCCUGGCCCUGAAGUCCUCCUUGCCAGGUGCAGAGGACCCUGAGAAACUUGGCGGGGAGCCCAGCCUCAGCUCGGGACACACGUGGGCCCCCUCCUUGGGACUACUGCUGCUGUCUCUCCCGCUGGGGGCCGGACUCUUCUGAAGAGGCCACCGCUCUACACGAGACCUGGUGGGCAGUCCCAGGCCCCAUGCCUGCCUUGGGUUGCCUUUUCUCCAGUAAGAGGCCACAGCUUCCUGG